AUGGCGAACCAUCAACAACAGGUGCCUUUUACUAUCAAAUUGAAAACAUGUCUCAAAAUGUGCAUCCAGAGGCUUAGAUAUGCCCAAGAGAAACAACAGGCUUUGGCCAAGCAGGACCGUAGAACUGUUGCACAGUUACUUUCAGACGGAAAGGAAACAAAGGCACAAUAUCGUGUCGAGAAUCUUAUCAACAACGACAUUCAUAUUGAAUUAUUAGAAAUAUUGGAAUUAUAUUGUGAAUUAUUACAUGCCAGAGUUAAUAUUGUCAAUACAAUACAAGAUGAAGUGGAUUUAAUUUCAAAUCAUAUCGAGGAUGGUAUUAACGAAGCUGUGAGAUCUUUGAUUUUUGCCAAUUUGUAUGUUCCAGAAGUGAAGGAAUUGACUCAAUUGAAAGAACUGUUAGUUCAUAAAUAUGGUAUCGAAUUUUUGAAAUGUAUUGUGGAUGAUAAGGUGGGAGUCCCGGACAAAGUUUUGAAGAAGUGUUCUCCUAAUGUUCCCGGAAAUGAUUUGGUAGUAUUGUACUUGAAGGAGAUCGCAUCAACAUAUGAUGUCCCAUACAGUUUGUUAAGUGAUGAAGAAGAGGAGGAAGAAAGUUUAGAUGAGUCAAAUGAGAAACAAGAUGACGAUAGUGCUGAUGAUGAAAGCAGCGAAGGCGGAGUAAAAGAUAAUCAUCCUUCAAAUAAGAAACCUAUAGUUGCCAUGGAUAAUGACGACGACAUAUCUACCAAUUCAAAGCUUCCAAUAACCAUAAAAAAACCAAGGAAGAAUAGUGAAACUGUUAAAACAGAUUUAAAGAUUCCAAAGGAGAUAAAGAAGGAAGUUAAAGUAGUCCAUACUAAAAAGAAAACGAGCACAGAACAAGAUGAUCUAGAAGAAUUAAAGAAGAGAUUUGCCGCUUUACGUCGAUAA